AUGGCAUCAUUAGCAGCGGAGCAUGAGCCAGGAAUAAUAUCGGGCUCUGGAGCUCUGGCUGACGCUUUAGUUCCCGCGAGUAUAUUUGCUCCAGACCGGGGAGGAUGUGGGGAAGAGGACGGCGACGAGUGCCUCGAGGAUGAGGACAUGACCAAUGGCAAACCCGAGGACCGGAGGAUUGAUUGCAGCAGCAAGCUGGCACUUGUAAGCCCAAACGGGGAACAGUAUGAUUCGUUACUCCGACAGCUUCGGGACAGAAUGGAGGAUGGCUGUGGGGAAACCAUCUAUGUGGUUGGAAUGGGUUCUGAUGGUGGUGACUGGGGUCUGGAUGAGAAAGACAUGGAAGCCUCAGUUGCCACAAUACACUCAAUGUGUGAGCAGCUGGACUCUGACCUCAUCCCUCUCAGAGAGCGCACUGAGGCUGCUGGGAUGGUGGUCGACUAUCUGAUUCGGAGGCGUGUGGGUGAGCUGGACUUCCUGGAGGUCAGAGUCGCAGUGGUGGGGAACGUGGACGCCGGCAAGAGCACUCUGCUGGGAGUGUUGACACAUGGCGAGCUGGACAAUGGCAGGGGAUUUGCCCGGCAGAAACUUUUCAGGCAUAAACAUGAGAUGGAAAGCGGCAGGACCAGCAGUGUGGGCAACGAUAUCCUGGGCUUCGACCAGGAGGGUCAGGUUGUGAACAAGCCUGACAGUCAUGGAGGGAGCCUGGACUGGACCAAGAUCUGUGAGAAGUCCUCUAAAGUCAUUACCUUCAUAGACUUAGCUGGCCACGAGAAAUACCUCAAGACCACUGUGUUUGGGAUGACUGGACACCUUCCGGACUUCUGCAUGCUUAUGGUUGGCAGUAACGCUGGUAUUGUUGGGAUGACCAAAGAACAUCUUGGGCUGGCUUUAGCUCUGAAUGUGCCAGUCUUCGUAGUGGUAACCAAAAUAGACAUGUGUCCAGCCAACAUCUUACAAGAGACCUUGAAGUUACUCCAAAGGUUACUCAAGUCUCCUGGCUGCAGGAAGAUUCCCGUCCUUGUACAGAACAAAGAUGAUGUGAUAGUCGCAGCUUCAAACUUCAGUUCAGAGAGGAUGUGCCCAAUCUUUCAGAUUUCCAACGUAACUGGGGAGAACAUGGACCUGCUAAAGAUGUUUCUCAACCUGCUCUCCUCCAGAACAUCAUACAGAGACGACCAGCCUGCUGAGUUUCAGAUAGAUGAUACCUACUCUGUUCCGGGAGUAGGAACUGUAGUUUCAGGAACUACCUUACGAGGGCUCAUACGUCUGAAUGACACCAUGCUGCUGGGUCCAGAUCCUCUUGGAAGCUUCAUCCCCAUUGCUGUUAAAUCAAUCCACCGCAAACGAAUGCCUGUAAAGGAGGUCAGAGGCGGCCAGACUGCCUCGUUUGCUUUAAAAAAGAUCAAGCGUUCGUCUAUAAGAAAAGGCAUGGUGAUGGUGUCGCCAAAGUUAAACCCCCAGGCAACUUGGGAGUUUGAGGCUGAAAUCCUGGUUCUGCAUCAUCCCACAACGAUAUCCCCCAGAUACCAGGCAAUGGUCCACUGUGGGAGUAUACGACAGACCGCCACCAUCUUGUCCAUGAAUAGAGACUGCUUAAGGACAGGGGACAAGGCUUCAGUUCAUUUCCGCUUCAUCAAAACCCCAGAGUACCUUCACUGUGACCAGAGGCUGGUGUUCAGAGAGGGUCGCACCAAGGCUGUGGGAACCAUCACUAAGCUGUUGCACUCCACUAAUAACAUGCCAUCAAACUCCAAACCUCCACAAAUCAAAAUGCAGUCUACAAAAAAGGUGCCACUCAGAAAAGAGGAUGGCACCAUGGCAACCAGCGAUGAUGCAGCAACGAUAGCACAGCCGGCUGGCUCAAGCAUGUCGCAGCCAGGGGAGGGAGAUGAUGACCCUCAAAUAAAAGAGGGCAACAAAGAGAACAAGCCAAAGUCUGGGGGAGGUGGAAGGAGAAGGGGUGGCCAAAGACACAAAGGAAAAGGCCAAAAUAGCAGCACCAACUCAAUGGCAGCACCCUCCUCAACAGCAACAGGAAACAGCUGAAUUGUCAUCUUCAUUUUAAUUUUAUUUUGUGUUGGAAACCUCCCUCUUUAAUUUCACCAAGUGUCAUUCCACAAACCAAUUAGAGUUUGGAGGGAGAUCGUCUUAAACCUCGCCUCUUCACACCAGUUCAUAUCUGUUUUUGUACU